AUGGCGCUCUUGAGCUCCUUGAGCCUGUCCCUGCUGCGAGAGAAGGACAAGCCCAGGAAGUCAGAGCCGGACGCCAAACCGAAGCCGAAGCCGAAGCCGGAGGUUGCACCUAGCCGUGCCAGGCCAGAGCCCGAGGCGCAGGUGAAGCCUCCGGCGCCCAAGCCAGCGCCGGCGUCGCCUCUGCCGCCAUCUUUACCGGCGGCUCCGGCGAGCGCCUCGAGCGAUGCAGGCGACUCGCAGCCCAAGGCUAUGUCCAGCUUGCUGGGUGCCUACAGCGACAGCGAAGAGGAGACUCAGGUGAAGCCUAUCUCUUCCGCUGCCGCAGCAGUGGUAGCUACUGCCGGAGCCAACCGUGCGACGGUUUUGCGAGCAGAGGCCCGCCAGGUCAUCACCUCUGAAGGCGCCUGCGGCGCCCGUGGCGCCCACGGCGCCUGCGACGCCCGCCUCAAAGCCGGCCGCUUCGGCGGCCAAGCAGGCGCCGCCAAUUGCGCAGAGGGCCCAAGCGGCGAAAGCGCAGGACAUCACGCCAUUCCUCAGAUCUCAGAUGUGAGGCUGGCUGAAGCCUUGCGCAACAUGAAGUUUCUGAAGAGGGCUUUGACUCUCAGCUCCUGCAGGAAGCUGCGCUGUGUCACGGUGGCAGCGGGUAGUCUCGCUGUGGGGCCCUGCUACGUCUGGAUGGCCUGUGACCUUUGCCUGCAAGAGCACGUAAUUCGUCUUUGA